GUAAAGGGAAUGUAUUGAAGCUGUGUCCUCCAUGCGCUGAGCUCUCCCACUUCCUGUCUCCAUUUUCCUUAUUUCACAUUUGUUUUUUGUUUUUGUUUUUUUUUUCUUUUCCCAGAAAAGCCAAAUUACUGCUGAAGAAGAAGAGAUAUCAGGAGCAGCUGCUGGAGAAGACGGAUAAUCAGAUCAGCAACCUGGAGAAGAUGGUGGAAGACAUUGAAUUUGCUCAGAUUGAAAUGAAAGUCAUCGAAGGCCUAAAAAUUGGCAACGAUUGCUUGAAGAAGAUGCAUGAGGUGAUGUCCAUGGAAGAGGUGGAGAGGAUUAUGGAUGAGACGCAGGAAGGCAUUGACUAUCAGAGACAAAUUGAUGAGCUCUUAGCUGGAAAUCUGACCACAGAGGACGAAGAGGCCAUUCUGCUAGAACUGGAGGCCAUCACUCAGGAAGACGUGGAACUCCCAGAUGUGCCCACAGAGCCUCUCCCAGAGACCACCCCAGAGAAAGAAGCCGUCAAGAACAAACCCAAACCACAGCUGGUGGCUGCUUCCUAACCUCACGCCGUGUUCCUGCGGU